AUGGCGGAGCUGGCGAAUCUCCGGCAACAAUUGAUCCACGCCAGGCAGCUCUUUGGUAUCGUCGACUCUAAUGCCGCCCUGCCAAUUGGAAUCGGCUGUCUCACGAUGAAGUCCGACACUUGGAAGGAUAACUUUGUCCAGCUGGUCAAUGAACAUCGACCAGUAGCAGUGUGGCUGUUUGCAUACACCCGCCGCUCGCAGCACGCGGAGCUCAUUCACGCAUUGCAGAAAACAAGCAGAGACUGGGGACUGAAAGAGAUCGUUCAAGUUGGCACGGUGGAGAGUGCUAAGGAAGCAAUCGAUGAUGGGGCCGAUAUUCUCUCUGUUCAAGGAUCCGAUGCCGGCGGCCAUCAAUUCAAGCAGGGGGCUGGUCUGAUAACCUUGCUUCCGGAUGUAUCGGAUAUGGUGAGGAGAGAAUAUCCAGCGAAGAACAUUCCAUUGCUGGCAGCAGGGGGGAUCAUGGAUGGCAGGGGAGUCGCAGCUACCUUGAUGUUAGGUGAGAUCGAGGCAAGUGGACUCAACCAUUGCGGAUAG